AUGUCAGCGACAGCCGUUGACCAGCAAAAGAAAGCGCCAAAGGACCUUCGCAAUGUCGUGGACUUCUUGCGGAGCAGCAAGGCGGGCAUGAAGAUACGUGUCGGUGUCUUGGGGGGGAAACGUAUCGACUACUUCAAAGGCAAAUCUGCGAUUAAAGCAGUGAUGUCACCCGCGUACGCGAAACUCAAGAACGUCCCGAAAGUCACGUCGGAGGCCGAAGCACAAACGCUCCUCCACUCCAUCAUCCCGUUCGCAUUCUUCCUCCGCGUCGAGCGCGGGCAGCCCUCCGGCUCGUCCUCGUCGUCCUCGAAAACGCUCCAGAUCAUCCGCGAACAGCAGUUCAAGCCCGAAGACUACUACGCGUGGUUCUACGAGGGCUCGCAAUGGACAACGUAUGUCGGCGCGGUCGCCAUGGUCGUGAUCAUGCUCGCAGGCGUCAUGUUUCCACUAUGGCCACCCACCUUCAAGCUCGGCGUGUCGUACCUGAGUAUGGGCGUGCUAGGCCUGCUCGGCCUGUUCUUCGCAAUCGCCAUUGUACGAUUAAUAUUCUACAUCAUUACCGUCAUCGUCGCAUCUCCUGGUAUCUGGAUAUUCCCGAAUCUCUUUGCGGACGUCGGAUUCGUCGACUCGUUUAUCCCCGUAUGGGAUUGGGACAUCAAGAAGAAGAGCGGCAAGAAGUAA